UCGAUUUAUAACAGUUCAUGUAAAACGCAUCAUUACUAUAGCAUGGCCGAAUGUAUUUUAUGGUAAGGUCGAUGAGUAUUUAAACCUGCCCAUUUGAAAAAAAUGCCUAUCCAGUUGUAAUUGGAGAACAGAAUAAUGCCACACAGCGUAUUUCUACCUGCAUUGACAAUAAUAGCUGAUCUUGUAAUUUGACACUUUACACGUUAAGUAUAAACUUGAUUGGUAAAGUUGGAAGCGCGAUUUCAGCCUAUACAACGGAAAUAUUUAAUUCAAUAGUUGUUUACAUUUACAAUUGAUACGAUCAACAAAUAAGGAUAAAAUAGCGGUGUGUUGCUCUCGUGUAAGACAAAUGUUUAUCAGCCAACUAACUAGACCUUGUAUAACAUGGCGGAGAAUUCAGAUCAAGAAGAAAAUCACUCUUGUGAUGAGUACCGUUGUUUUGUUCUUCGUGUAUUGGAAGUUUGGCACAUUUAAUGAAAACAUCGAAGGGAAUCCUCUUCGCUACGCAUCACACGAGCUCGACUCUAAGUAUUUCCUCGAACCGCUUGUCACAGAGGAUUUUCCAACGGUUAUCGGACAGGCGCCUAAAAUUCCGCACAUUAUCCACCAGACAUACAAGAACGAGUUCAUUCCAAAUAAGUAUAUCCCGUUCAUUAAAUCCUUCGUUAAGUACAAUGCCAACUGGACCUACAUGUUCUGGACCGAUGCCUCGGCCCGGAAGUUCAUUAGCGACAGGUACCCGGAUUUUCUCCCGGUCUGGGACAACUACGCAGAACCAAUCAACAGGGCCGACGCGCUCAGAUACUUCGUCUUAUACGAGUAUGGGGGUGUGUACGCGGACUUGGAUUUUGAGUGCUUACGUCCCCUGGAUAGGGUAACUAUGAAGUAUACAGCAGUGUUUCCUCUGGAACCUUUCGAGCACGCCGUGUUUCGCCUACGCAUUCCUUUCUGCGUCAACAACGCCAUCAUGAUGGCGCAACCGAAGCACUCGUUCCUAAGGCACAUUGUCUACACGAUCUCCAGUUUUAGGCCGAUGAAAGGGACGCUUGACGUAGCAGGACCGAUAUUUGUCACGACGCAGUACAUGCUUUACAACAACUUUUCAGUCGGCGAGUUUUACAAGGUCGCCGAGGACCAUCAAGGGAGCUCACCGUAUCACUACAAAGGGAGGUUACACGAGACGGAUCCAAGAGCUGUAUACGUUCCCAACACGCAUUACUUUAUGAACACUUUGUCGGAAAAUUGGUUCAGCAAGUCCUACUGGCACUACAGACGAGUGUGCUCGAACCUCGAUCCAACUUCCGGGACCCUAGAACGCAAGGCCUGCAACGAAUUCAAGGCACGAGAGGACAGAAGCGAGCAUGACCACUUCCGGUUUACUUAUACCAGACACCACUGGUUUUUCACUCACAAUACUUUGAACUUUUUACCGGACGUGACUAGAUACACAAAUAUACAGAAAAUAGUCCCGAAAUUAGUGUCAUACACUUGACAAAUUAUAUAUUAUAAUUAAAUAUUUAAAAGUGUACCAUUUAAAUAACUAUGUUCUGAUUAUGUUCAAUACUUUCAAUAUACCGCCUCAGGGUUUUCAAGCUGUCAGUGUAAUAUUUGUUAGCAGUUUAGGUCAAUAUAAAAUAAAUUACACACGACAUCUUUGUACUUUGUGCAAGCAUACAAAAGUCUCUACAACCUAUCACAGCACAGAGAC